CGAGGGACGAGGGGCGCCGGCUAGACUCUCCAGUAGCCGAGCCAUCCGUCUGCUGCUUUGACUACGGCCGGUCGCCGGAAUCUACGCCCCGGUCUCUGGCGCCCGCAUCUAUUACGUGCUAUUUCGUCUAAAUAAAUGAAACUUUUUUAAAUUAGAAUCGGUUGUAUAUCGAUGGAACACGUCUCAGUAAUACAACUUUCCGAAGUAUCUAGUGCAAAACUGUGGCGGUGUUGUGAUACGAAGCAGAUAUUUUCUUAUUUUUGCACGGCUGUGCGAGCGGCGACGGGGCGGAGACGCCGCGAAGGAGCGCCGCGCGUUCGUCCGGGCCGUCGCGACGGCUGGGCACACUCGGCAGACAUGUUUCGAUCGCGAUCGGAACGCGUCGCACGUGCCGGCGCGUAGGCUCGCCGUGACAUGCGCCCCUUGAGAUCCGUCGUCGGUGGGGGUGACCGAACAUGGAUGUAGUGACGCCUCACAUCACCUCCGUGCUGAAAACUUACCAAGCGAGCGCGCCGCGCAGCCUGCAAGGGCCGGGCUGCGGGCGAGCGGAGCCAUGUAGCGAAGCGCCGCCGCCGCCGCCGCCGGCGCCCGCCGCGCCUCCGAUCCUGCUGGCGGCAGACCCUGAGCUGGGCGAGCGCGGCGAGACGCUGCUGGAGGGCGAGCCCAUCUCGUGCUUCAGCGUGGGCGGCGAGCGGCGGCUGUGCCUGCCGCAGAUCCUCACGUCGGUGCUCACGGACUUCAGCCUGGAGCAGAUCAACCGCGUGUGCGAUGAGCUGCAGAUCUACUGCUCGCGGUGCACGCCCGAGCAGCUGCACGAGCUGAAGUCGACGGGCGUGCUGCCGCGGUCGGCGCCCUCGUGCGGGCUCAUCACGCAGACGGAUGCGGAGCGGCUGUGCGCGUCGCUCCUGCAUGCAGCGGCCGCGUCCAGCCCCCACAAGCUGCCCGGCUUCCGCGUCUACCACGAGUGCUUCGGAGGCGCCCGCGGCGUGUGCGCCCCGGAUUUGAACCUAGUGCAGUGUUUGGUGUGUCGCUUGUUGUACAGUCCGCGGCGGUUCGUGUGCCACUCUCACGAUUCGGAGCACCGUACGUGCCACUGGGGCUUCGACUCGUCCCGAUGGCGCCGCUUCCUGUUGGUGGUAGACGAGGAGAAGGAAAAGGAGAAGUGCGAGGCGGUGCUGGACGAGCUGGCCGCCAAGGAGACGCAGGCGCCGCCGCCGCCGCCUCCCACGCACAAGCAACACUUGCCAUUGAAAAGAAAACAGGUGGUGGAGACGGUGGUAUGCAAGCCAGAGCCGCCAGAAUCACCUCCGAAGAAAGCGCGCAGCGAGGACUAUAGCUAUGCGGUGUACCUCGAUAACUACUCGCAGCUUCAGCAUCCAGCAUUGUCCGCUUUCCGGCCGUGGGGCAAACGGGAGCCUGUACUGCAGAACCCCGAAAGAGUAGUCCGGGUGGCACACCUUACAAGAUUCCAACGGGACAUCCAGCCGAAUGUUGCGCUGAAACCGCUCACGCCUCCAGUUGAUGACGUCACCUCAUCCACUUCCCCGCCUCCGAGCGAACCCGAGCUGACCGCUCGCUUGCUGGAUGCAGAAGCAAGGCUUGCGCAACGAGCGCUGCAACUCGACAAACGGGAGGCAGAGAUAGCUCUUCGUGAGGCCAGGCUCAACGAAAGAGAGGCAGAAUUAGCGAGGCGCGAGCGCGAAAGUGAGAAUACACCCGAGCGGAACCCCUCGCCACCCAAACAGGAGGAGACAGACCCGCCUUGUUGACCAACGCGUGUCAUCGUGAGGGUGUUCAAGUGACUUACUUCGAACGCUUAGUGACAAUGCGUCUCCAGAGUACAAAACGUUAUGGUGCUGAACGUGGUACGUUAAAAAAGCAGAUCGUUCGGAAACGCGCCGCCGUGUACAUAGAUUUGCAAUAUCUGAGAUAUUGUUGACGUUUAAAUCCGUAUCUGAUGGGGAUUCAACUGUUUAUGGUACUUGUCGUGGAUAAUUGAACCUAAUGUUCAUGCAGUUUCAGAACGGUAUUAGAAAUGACGUCUAUUCAUAUCUAUUUAUCACAGAUUAUCUUAUAUUGUCUGCAUACAGCGUGCUUCUAAAAAUAACUCCAUUGCUAAUGUUAUAAUUAUUAAA